UUCUUAUACUACAACUAGUUGCUAAUAUCAUCCUCCUCCUUAAUAGCUAUAAUUAAGCUGAGAGCUAGCUUGCUUCCCUUUUCACCAUGGCCUCGCCCUCGUCAUGCACCCAAACGCCAGUACGACUACUGCUGCUGCUUCUCUGUCUCUCUGUCUCUGCCCCAUUCCACCUGCUGGUUGCUGCCGAUUCUUCCCCUGAUGCGGUGCGCGACAUCAAUGGCAAGAAGCUCCGGGCGGGCACCGAGUAUUACAUUCUUCCGGUCUUCCGCGGCAAAGGCGGCGGCGUCACUCUCGGCCCGCGGAAUGCCACCUUUUCCACUUGCCCGUUGGACGUCGUCCAGGAGCGAUCGGAGGUCAGCAAGGGUCACCCUGUGAGCUUCACUCCGGUGGACCCAAAGAAAGGCGUCAUCCGCCUCUCCACGGAUCUCAACGUGAAGUUCCCGUCCGUCUCAACCAUCUGCGCUCAAUCCACCGUCUGGAGGCUGGACAGUCACGACGGGCAGCACUUGAUCUCGACGGGCGGCGUUGAAGGGAACCCGGGUCGCAAAACUCUAAGCAACUGGUUCAAGAUCGAGAAGCAGGACGAUGAUUACAAGCUGUUUUACUGCCCGACAGUCUGCAACUACUGCAAGGUGAUCUGUAAAGACGUUGGGAUUUACAUUGACGGGUACGGAACCAGGCAUUUGGCGCUCAGCGAUGUGCCCUUCAGAGUCAUGUUUAAGAAGGCGGCCGCCUAAUGAAGUAUGUCAUGGCUGCCUCUCGUCUCCGUACGUACGUGAAUGGAACAGCAGCAAGCAAUAUUGUUACGAUGUAAUACCUGAAGUUUCAAAAAUAAAUAAGUGACGGCAGUCUAUAUAUAUAUAUAUAUACAUAUAUGUUUAUCUAAAUAUAAUUGGAUAAUAACGUAACGUCAUGUGAUGAUGUCUCAAAUAAAUAAAUAAAUGAAGUUGAGAGGACUGUUGUGUA